UCCGCGAAUAACCCCUCCGACUAUCCCGCCCGCUCGCAAGAUCCCGCAUCGCGCCAUGUGUCAUGUGAUAUCGACGACCCUCCAGUUCCCCGAGUCAUGAAUCCUCCUCCACAUUCUAGUAAUGGGCCGUCUGGUCGGGAAGACGAUGCGACGGCCUUGAACUCGACUCUCGAUUCGGAUCUAUCUUCUACCGAUCGAUUUGCUUCGCCGACGAAUAUGACUUCCGAGAUCGAUCGGCGUUUACAUGACGUGGGCGUUGCAGCUCUGGCUGCUGUGUCCCAGUACCCACGUGCGGUGGAUAAUGCGCACGGUGACUCUUUUAUGGUGUCGGAAGUCGUCAACGCUGUUACGAGUGCUGGCAGUCCUCCGGAUUAUCGGAAUUUGGACUCGGGGGUUUCUUUGCUGCCGGGGCACCGGAGCCGUUUUCAACAAUCUGGAAUGGGAGGUACCCCUUCAGCUGGACCGGAGUUUGUCUUUGGCUCGAACCCGAGUGGCGACGUCGAUAUGGAAACUAUUGUCCGGGACUUGCUUCACCGCACUGGCGGCCGGCAAAAUAUCGCCAUCGCCCCAGACAGUGACAUCGAGGAGGCUCAGAAGGACAUGGUUAUGGAUUACGAGUCUGCUACCAUGGAAGAUAAGCUGUCGCCGUCGUCGACGUCUGAUGAUGAGCUUGAAGACUUUCUCCGGUUCUAUCCGGACGAAGAGGAGUAUUAUUACCAGCGCAAGGAACGCCCGACGCAGGAAGCCGAAAUGCCGGACUGCGACCUGGAUGAUUUUUAUAACAGUAUAAGUUACGACGAUAUCGAUAUGGAUCUGCCCCAGACUAUUGGUUUGUCUAUUACUGAACCUUUGGGAAACUAUACUGAGGAUCAAAUGGACUUCGGUGGGCCACAUCCUGCAUCUAUAAUCCACACAUCCACAUACGAGCGGAACCUCACUAUCGAUGAAUUCAUCCAGCGCUGGAUGGUGUCAAUAAACGUCAUUCCCCAGGGCUUCCAUUCUGAAAGUCGAAUUCCACCACAGCUCCGCCCACUCUCAAAGAUGAUUAGCUGGAAACCGCCACUGGAGGUUGUUCGGCCGUCUGGAUGGAGACGCGAUUUUUAUGAUCUGCAGCAGAUCCCAUGGACAGAAACCUUGCGAGUGACGCGGUCAGAUGCACGAGCUGUCCGGGACGCCUGGUAUACCUCGUAUCACAACUUGGAUUACUCGCACCUCAGUCAUGCCAAGCGCCUUCCACAACAAGAAAGCUUUUUCCGCGAGAGUUCCAUGCACACUUCACACAAGGCAUCUAUCGAGCACUUCCAGCUUCGAAAUCUGAUGUCGACCCCUGCAUCCAACACCGUACAUUUCGCCUCCCGCUCGAAAGUGUUUUCGUGGACUCCAAACACUGGCGACGCACGGUGUAUAAUCGACAUGAGCCAGCCAGACCCAGAAUCAGGCUUCCUCGGACCGGUCAAAAUCUCCACUAUGAAAACAGCACACGGCCUCACAAUCGCAGGCGGCUUCUGCGGCGAAUACGCACUACGCAGCACCAGCGGAUCCGAACCCGGCAUAAAGGGUCUAGUAACACCGGACUUCAACGACGGCAUAACCAACCACGUCGACAUAAUCCCCAACCGCACCGGGCCCUCCCCAACCGGCGUCUUCGCCUCCAAUGACAAACACCUCCGCAUCCUCGACACAGAAACCAACAUCUUCACCUCCGACCAAGAACUCUCCCAACCAAUCAACUGCACCGCCACCUCCCCCGAUAGCCGUCUACGCGUGGUAAUCGGCGACUCACCAGACGCAUGGGUCAUCGAAUCCGACACAGGCCGACCAGUGCACCCACUCCGCGGCCACCGCGACUUCGGCUUCGCACAAAACCGUCAUCAUCUGGGACGCGCGCACCUGGCGUCCGCUCGAAACCAUCGACUCGGACGUCGCGGGCUACCGAUCGCUACGCUUUUCCCCGUUGGCGGCGGCCCACGCACUCUCCUCUGCACUGAGCCCGCGGAUCGGAUUUCUAUUGUCGAUGCACAGCUCUUCCGCUCGCGACAGGUGCAUGAUUUCUUUGGUGAAAUCGGUGGCGCGGAUUACGCGCCUGACGGGGCGGAGAUCUGGGUUGCUAAUACGGAUCGCCAUUUCGGUGGGUUCAUGCAGUAUGAGCGGAGGCAGUGGGGGCAGCGGGUUGGGUUGACGGAUUUGCCGUGUGAGUGGGUUACGGAGGAGGAGUUGGGGGUGGAUUCUAGGUGUGUUUUGAGUAAGAGGGAGAGGGGGUUGAGGUUUUUGAGGAAUUUGUCGGAUGAGGAGCAUGAUGCGUUGAUUCUUUGA